GGCGCCCAAUGCCGGAACCUCGGCCCGACCUCACUUAUUCCGUGCCGACGACGCGCUCAUCUUGUUCAUGUUCUGCGUCUCUCGCGCGACGCGCCUGCUUUCUCCUCGUCUUGGCCUUUCCCUCUGCGCUCGCUCCUCUCUUGCACGCACAUUUUCUCUCUCUACUCGCUCAGCAUCCCGGUGGUCCUACAAGCCUGCACGCCCGCGCAUAAAGAUGGCACAACCCGUAGCAAAUUCCCUCAGCCCGCUCGCGUACGACGACGGACCCAUCGUGUGGGUGGACUGCGAGAUGACGGGGCUGGACCAUAACAAGGAUAAGAUCAUUGAGAUUGCGGUCUUGAUCACGAACGGGAACCUGGAGAUCGUAGACGAGGGCGUCGAAUACAUCAUUCGGACGGACAAGUCCGUGUUGGAUGGGAUGGAUGAGUGGUGUACGACCCAGCAUGGCAAAUCCGGCCUCACCGCCGCCUGCCUCGCCUCCCCACACACCACUUCCUCCGCCGAGUCCGCCGUCCUCGCCUACAUACAGAAAUGGGUCCCGACGCAGCGCACGGCCGUCCUCGCAGGCAACUCCGUACACGUCGACCGCAUGUUCCUCGCGAAUGAGAUGCCGAGGCUAGUAGAUUGGCUGCAUUAUCGGAUAAUCGACGUUUCUUCUAUCAAGGAACUCGCCCGCCGAUGGUACCCCCAAAUCCCGGUACCUAAGUUGUCAGAGUCGAGCCACAGAGCACUGGACGACAUCAAGGGUUCAAUCGCAGAGCUACGCUGGUAUCGCGAGAACAUCUUCAAGGCGGUGCCGAAGCUCAAGUCGCCACCACCUUCGCCGCCGAGGGCGAAGUAGCGAACACCUGGCCAGGAUGGUUGCCACUGCACAUACUUAUAUGCCUUUACCUUUCGCAUAUUUCGAGGGCUUGCUGGUUUCUCGAACGGAAUGAAUGAUCAUGACUCCAGAAUCGGCUCCACAAUCAUCAC